CCCCGCAGGGGUGGGACCAUGGUGGGUCGGACCCUAGCUCUGCGCUAUGGUCCCCCAUGGCCCCCAAUCUCUGGGACCGAGGUGCCUGGAUCCUGGCCCAACUGGCAUCUCACCAGCAGUGGUGUCGCCCACCACAUUAUCCCGUCUGUGCCCUUUCCCCCGCCCAAUGUGCAGUCCACGGUCGCGGAGCCCCUGCCCCCGGCCGCAAAGCAGGGUUUGCACAUCUGGGAUUUUGACGAGGUCAUCAGCAGAUGGGAGACAACCUCUGGCUCAGCUUACGUGCCUAAGACCCACGGGGGGCCCUACGCACAGCCCAGGGCCCCAGAACCUUCGGACCCCACGCGGACUGUGGGGAUCAAGGAUUUAGAAGAAAAGCUCAGACACCGCGGCUGGCGGCUCCCGCUGAUCACAAAGCACCAGUGCAGUGAAACGAGGGCGCAGUACACCGGCUGGCCCGGCUUGGAUCAGCAGCGCCCUACCUUCUACGUCGGGCCCCAGCCCCUGGAGCUCGCCGAGCACCUUCGCGGAGGCCCUUCCCAGGCUUUAAUCCCCUGGACCAAGAACCCCGAGCUGGCCGGCCGGCCUUUCACAGUAUCUGACCAGGGCAUCUUGGACCACCAUCAGAUCUAUCUGACCACCUCGGCCAAGGACUUCCGGGCCUACCCGAAGAAGGAGUUGUCUGGAUAUCCCCGCAAGGACUCGCUGACCUACUGGAGCUUUGAGAAGACGCCUCAGGCCUGGGGCCACGACCCACAGAGGCCACCCUGUCCGGGCCCCUCUCGGCCGCCAGGGAUCCGCGUGCCUCACGUCCACCCAGUGACGAUAGCCGUGCCACACCACGGGGCGUUGUCUCUGGCUCAGGAGUCCUACAGACCCCCGCUGCACCCGCUCCUCCGGCUCGACCGUUUCUGCCCGCUGGAGCUGCCCUGGGGCGGCCCCCACUGGAAGCCGGUGUCGGGGAUCUACAGCGUGCCGCACGCCUACCGCACUGAGAACUCCAGCUACGGCAGCAUGAAACCAGCCCUCAUCUGAGCCGGCAGCGCCAGCCCCGCCCUGGACACGCCCCCCGGGCGCGGGCCGAGACGAGAAGGCGGUGACUGGGAGCACACUGGGCGGGGCUAAGGCCGGGAACCCCGCCCGUCACGUGGGAGGGAGACAGAGGCCAGGACCCGCCCACUGGGUCGUGGGCGGGGCGAAUCCCACACUUAACCGCAGGGUUGACAGGUUGGGAGAGGGAGGUGGGAGCUGAGCCGGGAAAAGGUAUUUUGGGGCUGUGGGCUCGAGGGCGGCUGACGCCCUCUGCGACCGAGGAGGCGGAGCUUCUUAGUCAACGACAGAGUUAAAUAGCCUAAACUAUGCCCAUUGCUGGGUCGUCUCUGGGGUGUGGGGAGAUGGGGCUCCCGCUGAAUCCCUUGUGGAACGAAGGCACGACUGCGUGCAGGUGGAACCCGGCCUCUGGGCACAGAAUCCAAUAUUGAAGCCACGCCCCUCCGAAGAAGUUAGUGGCACAGGAAUGGUUUUCAGCCUAUGGCAGGUGGAGAGGGGCUGAGGUCUCAGCUGAUCAUUCGAGGGUCCUUGGAAGGGGUGACCUUCAGCCUUCCCCUGGCUCCCAGCAUGAUGCGCAGAGGCGAAGCUAUACAGCCAGGGGCAAGGCCAAGG